AUAAUCCUUUUAUUUUAUAUUAUUUUCAAAUCAAUAUAAUCCUUUCUUAUUCGAAAAUUUAAUUUUUUAAAAAUAAUAAAAACUUAUUAAAAUAUAAAACAAAUUUAUAUGAUACUUUGGACAUUUUUGUAAACAAUUCUCUCUCGGGGGAAAAUAAAGGAAAAAUGGGCCAUCUUAUCAGUACCUAAAGCCCCCUACAUCGGCCAUCUUUUGUAAGCAUUUCGCAUCAUCCGGUGACUUGGGUAACACAUUUGGAUUCGACAGCUUGAGCAAAAUUUCUUCUACUGAUAGGAGGAAAGGAGGAACAAACAUGCCCCAAUCGUCAAAUACUCCCAGCCAUAAUACUGGACGAAGAGAAUCGUUUAUUUACAGAUCAGAGGGGAUUAAUUAUGGUUCUAGAUGUCUCUCAGCCAAAAAUUCUUUUUGUCAAGAUACCCCAAAUAUGUCCCCACUGAUGUAUCCACUAAUCCACGGAGAAGAUAUAAUAGUUACACCAUUUGCUCAAAUUUUAGCCACAUUACAGAAUAUUCGAAAUAACUUUACAAUGCUGAACAAACUAUCGAAAGACAAAUCCAAAAAUGCCUCAAAAGAUUCGCAAAUUCCUCAUAUAAACUCAGAAGAUUUCUCACAAAAUUUGGCUAUCGAAACAUUGAACGAAUUUGAUUGGUGCUUAAAUCAAUUGGAAAAUUUGCAAACCCAUCGUUCCGUUAGCGAAAUGGCUUCAACAAAAUUUAAAAAAAUGUUGAACGAAGAACUCACGCAGUUAGCGCAGAAUGAUAAAGAAGGAAACGAAGUGACGGAAUAUUUAUAUUCCAAUUUUUUAGAUAAAGAUCAAGAUUACAUAGAAAACCAUCAGGACGAGGCUGCUGACAAAAAAUUAUCUCCGCAAUCGCUCAAGGACUCUUUCGCUUCCCUUCACCUCAAUGACAAGAUAGUCUCGGGCUCAGAGAAAAUUUUUGGAAAUUUAAACCAAACACGCAAAGUCACACCUGAUAACAACAGGAUAUUGCAAAAAUACAAAACAAGCGAAGAACUAUUAGCUGCUUUGGAUAAAAGCUGGGACAAAUUAAAAGAUAAGAAUGUAGAUAAAAAUAAUAAAUCACAUUCUCUUAACGAUUGGGAUAUUUCUGGUGCUAACAAUCAUAAUAACAUAUCCUACGAUUCGUCUCUCCAUACCCUUACUAGGCGCGAUAGCAUGACGGGACAUAAUUCGCUACACAUGAAGUAUGACAGAGAAAAUUCUUCCAAAACAUUUAACGUCAUUUCUUCCAUCAUGGGAUUCAAUCCUAUUUGCAUCAAAAUUCACGACUUCAAAAACGGAAUCCCAAAAUACGGCAUCCGCGUAGACAACGAAGAAUUACUAGAAGAACAACUUCAAAACGUAGACAAAUGGGGCAUGGAUAUUUUUAAGCUCAAUAAUGUAACAUCCCACAGGCCAUUAACAUGCUUAACCUAUACAAUUUUCAAAAAACGAAAUUUGAUAGACAUUUUCAAAAUACCCGUUUCCAAUCUAUUAAACUUUAUCAUGUGCGUCGAAGAUCAUUAUUUGAGCAUUCCUUACCACAACCGUAUACACGCCACUGACGUCACUCAAUCGACUCACAUAUUAUUAUCGAGUUCAGCCUUUAAAAACAUCUUUAACGAUCUAGAAAUAUUCGCCAUCAUAAUCGCUAGCGCCAUACACGAUGUCGAUCAUCCUGGUUACACCAAUCAAUUCCUAAUUAACUCCUGCUCCGACUUAGCAAUCAUAUAUAACGACGAAGCAGUACUAGAAAAUCAUCAUUUAGCUAUUGCCUUUAAAAUAUUGCAGGAACCCAAAUGUGAUAUAUUCGUUAAUUUAAAUACUAAAAAGAAAUCAAUCCUGCGCAAACUUAUUAUUGAUUUGGUUUUAGCGACCGAUAUGUCAAAACACAUGAAGGUAUUGGCAGAUCUCAAAACGAUGGUGGAAACUAAAAAAAUAUCUGGGUCUGGAGAUUUGGCCUUAGAAAGUUACGCCGAAAAAAAUCAAAUCUUGCAAGCUAUGAUUCAUUGUGGAGAUCUUAGCAAUCCUACCAAAUCUUUGAAUCUCUACAAAAAAUGGACCAGUCUAAUUAUGGAAGAAUAUUUUCUGCAAGGAGAGAAAGAAAAACAAUGUGGUUUGGCCAUAAGUGCGAUGUGCGACCGAGAGACUGCAUCCGUUGAAAAAACCCAAAUCGGUUUUAUGGAUUACAUAGUACAACCGUUGUGGGAAACCUGGGCCGAUUUGGUAUACCCCGAUUGUCAGUGCAUGUUACAAAAUUUGGAGACCAAUCGAGAAUAUUUCGAAAAUUUGUUAUUCGAAAAAGAAGCCGAUAAAAUCAAAACACUGUCUUCGACCCCUUUCCACUCCGCGGAAGAAUUACACAGCGAAACGUGAUAUAGACGUCGGCAAUAACCGUUGUUAUUUGACAUAUUUAUACAAUAUCCAUCCAUUCAUCGAUUUUUUUUAUGAAAUUAUGAUGUAAACUUUAAACACACAAUUGUUGUUUUAUUUUGUUUUUAUUAUCGGAAGGAUUCAAAGAUGAUUGAAGAUUCACAGUAUUAUGGUUUUGUAAUAAAUGUAAAUAAUUAUCAUUUUUAUAUUAGGAAU